AUGGGGCAGCAGAAAGGAGUGAAAGGUGAGUUUAAUUCUCAAACCUCUACUUGGAACAUAUAGAUCUAUAUAUAGGGUACAUUACUUGUUGCUUUUUGUAAUUUUUUUAGGUAUUAAAUAUCUGUCUAUAAGCAUAUAGACAAUAUUUAAAAAUAUAAACAUAUUUUUACCUCUUUGUUCAACCUUUCCCAGGCCCAUGGCACAAAGAAACAAAAAUAUGUCAAAAUAUACACUGUGAUCAGUAUAUCCAGUGAACAAUGGAGCAAUUACCUAUUUGCCCUGUGAAAAGGGUUUACCUGUUGGUUCUGUUUGCUGCUAAUUUUUUUUUUCUUAUUACCCCUCCUCAUUUUAAGCCAUUGCUAAACUAUCAUUUAAUACAUAUAUGUAUUAAUACAUGACAGCUGUAUUCCUAACACUAUAGUGCGCUUUGGUCCCCCUCCCUUGGCACAAAAACGGUUAAAAAAACUUUUAUUCACUUACUCGAUUUCUGAUGUCCCUCGAAACUGGGUUGCGCUCUGCCUCUUCUGAUGUCAUCCGAUGGCGGGAUCGAAUGCGUAUGCGCGGGGAGUGCUGUGUGCGCAUGAGGUCUUCAAUGCUUUCAUAUGGGGUUUUCUUUGACACUGGAUGUCCUCAUGCAAAGUGUGAGGGUGUCUAGCAUCAUUUCACGAAGUCAAACGUCAUGAAAUGCCUCUAGUGGCUGUCAUGUUGUUACCUUGGUCAAACCAUUCUAAAACCAUUUGACAAAGAACUGGGAGAUGGCACCCAAAGCCUACUGGCACUAUAACCACUGCAGCAGAUCAAAUUGUUAUGGUGCCUAGAGCGCACCUUUAAAUAAGAGUAACCUUAACUUUGGUUAACUCUUUGGUUAGCAAACUAAAUAAUAACAUAACUUUGAAAGUGUGUUGUUAAUUCAGUGUCUUUUAUUGCCAAGUUACUUGUAUGUACAAUUUGCAUGUUUUAUUUGUGUGUAUUUCAAAUGUAUAAUUAAGAAUAUUAUAAUAUUGCCAAUCUCCUUCUGUGCUAACAGGGAGCCCUGCCCUGAAUUAAUAUUGCCAUAUCAUCAAGUAUAUUGUAAAGGAUGUUCCCACCACAUUUGGCACUGUAAGUAUGCUCUUCCAGUGGUUUGGAACCACAGUCAAUCACCUCCUCAUUUCCUUCACAUGUUAUCAGUUACUGUAAUUAUACCAUUAACUCCCCAUCACAUACAAAUUCAUCUGCUAUCUCUUGACUCAAUUCCCCAUUGUAACCUUUAGAUUGUAAGCUCACGGGCAGGGUUCUCUACCUGUUGUAUCAAUCUGUUCUUAUUGUGUUGUCUUUUUCCCAAUUGUACAGCGCUGCGGAAUUUGGCGCUCUAUAAGUGUUACUUAGUGACCAAAGGGAAUAAUAAAUUCUAUAAACCCUCUUCUACACCCCCAAAACUUAUCAUCAAAUCACAUUAUGUUUUACUAUUUUUAGAGCCUCUUUCCAUGGGCCAAAGAAACAGACUCACAGGCAAUCAGGAUAGUCAGUAUUAUCCUCCUCAUUGCGCAGCAGUACUGGGGUAGGGUAGAGUAUACAUUUUCAGGUUUCACCGGCUGGCACCGACGGGUUGUCCCUUGUUUAGCAUCAAAUAUGUUUCAACAUUUCUUUUCAUUUUGUUUUUAAAGUGUGCUUCACAGGGAGCAGGUACUGUUGGUUUGCUAUGAUUCAUUUGUAAGCUAGAUUUACUUUACCAGUCCUAGCAUUUGAUUCUGUCUAACUGACAAAGCUGAGUUUAUUGAAUCCUUGUGACAGAACCAUCUGUCUGCUUGUAUUUUAGUUGCAUUCGUCUGUUUGUCUCCCGUUCGUAUGAAUGGCUGGUUUCUAUAGCCCAGCCAUUCGAAUGACUCUUUUUCCCGAACAAACCUGCCGAACGGACGGCCACCCAGGAGAGAAGUGUGCUGCUGGUUAACCUAUUGAUCCCAAUUAGAACGUUGUGGUUAACCGCAGACACUUCUCAAUUAAACCGAAUUCAGGGUGGUCGUCGUUCGUAUGUCGACCACGAGGCAGCGGCCAUUUUAAACCACGCGAAAGCCCAGCGGUGUUUGGCUCUAUUUCUAUGGAACUAAAAACGGACACUUUUUCUGCCGAACACCGCUGAAACAACGGAACGCCUGGCUGUCUCCACGAAAGCAUACGAAUACCGGCCGUUCGGGAGGUUUGGAGCAUACGAAAAGACUUAACCCAGAUAGCCUUCCCAUGGAGUCAUUCGUAUACCGAAAGACUGUAAGAACUUUGACUCCAUGGCGAUUGAACUAUGUGUGUGGGAUCUGAGCGCUAUUCGCUAAUAAUAUGCACUCAGAUCCAGGCUAUCUGGGGAUAUGUGAUACGAAUGGGAAAUGUUCGGUUAUUUUAAAGUUAUGCAUUUUUAUGUCUUUUAUGAUUUUAUAUUUAAGAUGGCGACUGGCUUUGUCCUGGAGAUAAUUGAGUUACUUGGUAAUUAUAUCCAGGGCAGAGGGGAGGGAAUCAUAAUGCACUGUGGGUAGAAUCUGUGACUGUGUGUCUGGAAUGUCCCCAUAUCUGUCUGUCAUUUAAGUCUCCCAUUUGGUCCCCUAGGGGAGUGUCCACCAAGUGGGUGACCUGCAUAAAUACAGGCAGGUAGCCCACAGUAAAGCCAGAUCCUGUUUGACCCUCAAUGCCGAGCUUCUGUCUCGUUAUUGGGGGGAUUUCUUCUUCACGUUUAGAGACUGCUGGAUGGAAACAAAAGCCGCUUGGUGGAUAUUGUUGUUCGGCGGCUAGCAGCAGUUCGUGUAUUGCCGUUCGGGAGUUUGGAGCCGUUCACAGAUCCCGGUCGGGAGAUUGCCGCUUCCCCUGCAUUUGGUUCGUGUACUACAGGUUAGGCGAACGGAGUUACUGUUACUGCAGACGGGGAAGGUCUACUAACCGGCGGUUUUGCCUAAAGACACUGGAGGUGUCGUAACAAUUGGUGGCAAGCGACGGGAUGAAUCCCACAGCAUUGGAGGUCAGCUACAAGACAUCAAGUAUGAGGAAUUAAGGCGUGCUACACUUAAGGACAUAUUGGAACGCCGAGGAAGGUCAGCAAGCAAUUUAAAAAAGAGAGAAAUUAUUGCUUUACUACUGGAGAUGGAUGCAGCACCGGGAAUGGAGAGAGUCAAUGUGCCCAGUACCUUGGAUUUAACACCCGAGGAAUUACAAUUUAACCAGGCAGUGCAAAUAAGGCUGGCACAUUUUGGCCCCAACCCCUCAGCUGACAUCGUGGAGCGUGUGCAGGCAGCAGUAACAGCACACCAGGCGCUCCGGGAAAGAGGAGCUGCAGCAGCAGAGGUACCCAACAAUAAUAAUGUUUUUGCUAGAAAGAAGGUACCCUUUGCUGCAUUUAAAAACUUUGUGGAAACCGAGGGAGAGAUUGAUGGGUUCCUGGCGGACUUCGAGAGGCAGUGUGCUCUACACCAGGUACCCGCAGAUGAAUGGGUCACCAUCCUCUCUGGGAAGUUAUCCAGCCAGCUAGUGAAGCGUUUCGGGCCAUCCCAGAGAAGGAGAUCACCAGCUACCGGGCUGUGAAGGAUGCACUCCUAGCCAGGUAUGCAGUGACCCCAGAAGCGUACAGGCGGAGAUUUAGAGAAACCAAUAAGCUGGUUGGGGACUCUUAUGUGGAGUGGGCCUGCAGAGUUCAUCGUACCGCAGCCCACUGGAUGGCAGGAUGCCAAGCGGUAACUGGGGAGGAAGUGCUACAAGUGUUCCUGCUGGAGCACUGCUUUGAUAGACUACCUGCUGGGGUCCGGGAGUGGGUCAGAGAUAGAAAACCCUCUACCCUACCCGAGGCUGCUCAUCUGGCAGACGAAUACACGGAUGCCCGCAAGUUGGAUGGUACAGCUGCCGAAAGCCCCUGCCAGACUGGAGUAUCGACCAGCAGUAACACCCGCUCCUUCAGCCUACCAACCCCCAGUACACCGUACCCCAGCCGCACCGCCAGCUAACAAUUAUGUGCAGCCAUCCCGAUUUAAUGCCUGGGAUUAUUCCCAACCCAUCCGGUGCUUUGGGUGCAAACAGUUGGGGCACAAGCGUCCCGAGUGCCCACUGAACAGUGCCAACCAAGCCCAGUCCUGGAGAAGACCAGCCAAUGGGAACCAGCGGCCACCUCAGCCUGCUGCUCACUGCAUAGAGCAGGAGGAGUUCUGGGGCAUCCUACACGAGGCCGACCCAGUGCAAGCAGCUCACCAGGAUAAUCGCCAGCAACAUCGGCAAACCGUGAAGCUGAAUGGCAGAGUGGUAAAUGGGCUGAGAGACACAGGAGCCACGAUGACACUGCUCCAAAAGAACUUGGUCUCGGAGCAUCAGCACACUGGGGACACUGUGGCAGUAAGGGUAGCAGGGGGUGCCGUGUUUCGCUUACCUGUUGCCCGGGUACAUUUGGAUUGGGGAGUGGGCGCUAGACAUGUGGAUGUGGGGGUGAUGAAAGACUUGCCCGCAGAUGUUCUUCUGGGAAACGAUUUGGCCCCUUUGGUUUCAGCCUAUGCUCCGAUGGGCCCUGCGGAUGUGAACCCAGUGACCACCCGUGCCCAGACCCGUGCUGCCGGAACCGGCCCACCUGCUGAUGAGACCCAGGUAAGAUCUCCUUCCCAGACUGGUACCCCAGAUCAGGUCCUCUUAAGCUGGGAUUCCCCCGAGGAGUUUGGGAGGGAAACCCGGGCAGAUCCGAGCCUCCAAAAGUACAGAGACAGGGCAGAUGCUGGAGAGGAAGGAAUAGAUGGGGAACGGUAUGAGUGGGUGGGGGACAGGUUAUAUAGGAUCCCUAAGCCUUCCCAGAAGAGUGUUGCCCCUCCGCCGAAUCGCCAGUUAGUGGUACCUGCAAAGUACCGGCAGGAGAUUCUGCGGAUAGGGCAUGAUGUUCCGUUAGCUGGACAUCUAGGGUCCCGCCGCACAGCCUAUAGGAUCUUGCAGAAUUUAUUUUGGCCAAACUUUAACCAGGCUGUGCGGAUGUAUUGCAGGACGUGCGACACAUGUCAACGGGUAGGAAAGCAGGGGGACCACCCUAAGGCUAGGCUAUUAUCGAUGCCUAUUAUAGGGGAGCCCUUUGCCCGCAUAGCCGUUGACAUUGUGGGUCCACUGGCCAGGGCUAGUCCAUCAGGUAAGAAAUACGUUCUUACCGUGGUGGACUAUGCCACUCGCUAUCCAGAGGCAGUAGCGCUGUCUAAUAUAGAGGCAGAGACGGUUGCUGAUGCCCUGGUUAGAAUUUUUACUAGGGUCGGGUUUCCUAAGGAGAUUCUCUCCGACCAGGGAACCCAAUUCACCGCUGUGCUCACCCAGCAGCUGUGGAAGGUGUGUGGCAUUAAGCCGUUACUUAGCUCACCCUACCACCCACAGACUAACGGUCUCUGCGAGCGCUUUAACGGUACCCUCAAACAGAUGCUGAGGACCUUUACAGACACUUGCAGAGACUGGGAGAGAUUCCUGCCUCAUCUAUUAUUUUCUUAUAGAGAGGUGCCCCAGGAAUCUACUGGGUUCUCCCCCUUUGAGCUGCUGUAUGGGAGAAGGGUCCGCGGACCCCUAGAUCUCAUUAGAGGCCACUGGGAGGGGGAGACGGAGCAAGAGGGGACCCCCAUAGUGCCAUAUGUUCUGGAACUCCGGGACCGCAUGGAGAAACUGUCCCUGAUGGUAAGGGAGAAUCUCCAGGCGGCCCAGGGGAGACAGAAGAGAUGGUACGAUCAGGGUGCCCGACAGCGGGUCUUCCAGGUUGGGCAAAAGGUAUUGGUGCUCAAACCUGUGAAGGCCAACAAGAUGCAAGCAUCUUGGCAGGGCCUGUACAAGGUAGUGGCGCAGAUCUGCGACACUACUUACUUGAUAGCCAGCUGUGCAGAUGAAAGGAUCCAGCGAUCCUUUCAUGUGAACAUGCUGAAAGAGUACCAGGAGAGACCUGAGAAUAUUGCAGCAGUAUGUGCCCCAGCUGCAGAUGAUUCUGAGAAUUUACCCCUUCCAGAUCUAUUAGAAAGGGAUUCCCAGACUGACCUUACUACCCUUGUACAGCUAGGGGACCGGUUGAACCCCACAGAAAGGGUACAGGCGCAGCAAUUGUUGUGGGAGAAGCAGGCGACGUUCUCCCAGGAACCAGGUUAUACCACCCUAGCUGUGCAUAAGGUAGAGACCCCUGGACAGACCCCCUUACGACAGCCCCCCUAUCGUAUCCCUGAAGCAGUCCGUGAAGGAAUGCGGAAGGAGAUACAGGAGAUGACUCAGCUUGGGGUCAUCGAGCACUCCGACAGCCCUUGGGCCUCGCCUGUAGUCCUGGUGCCCAAGAAAGAUGGGACCACCCGGUUCUGUGUGGACUACAGGCGACUCAACGAGCGGACCACCACUGACGCCUACCCAAUGCCCCGGGUAGACGAAUUACUGGAUCGUAUUGCCAGGGGGCGAUAUCUGACCACCAUAGACCUAUGUAAGGGCUACUGGCAGAUCCCCCUGGCUGAGGAUGCUAUCCCCAAGUCGGCAUUUGUCACCCCAUUUGGCCUGUACCAAUUUAAGGUCAUGCCUUUUGGGAUGAAAAAUGCACCGGCUACCUUCCAACGGAUGGUGGAUAGACUCCUGGAUGGCUUCCAAGAAUUUGCCUGUGCAUACUUGGACGACAUUGCGAUUUACAGUGGGUCCUGGGAGGAACACCUGGUACAUGUAGGGGUAGUGCUGGAUAAAAUUUGGGCCGCUGGCCUGACAUUGAAGCCAGAGAAGUGCCAUCUAGGUAUGGCUGAAGUACAAUACCUGGGUCACAGAGUGGGGUGUGGGAACCAGAGACCAGAGCCAGCCAAGGUAGAGGCAGUGGCUAACUGGCCCACACCUACCACUAAGACCCAGGUAUUGGCCUUCUUGGGGACGGCAGGGUACUACAGACAUUUUGUCCCUGACUACAGCACUAUUGCUAAGCCCCUGACAGACCUGACCAAGAAGAACUUGCCUAAGCAGGUCCUGUGGUCUACGGCUUGUGAAGCUGCGUUCCAGGCACUGAAGCAGGUUCUUGUGAAUGCCCCUGUCUUGGCUGCCCCAGUCCCUAACAAAUGUUUUCUCGUCCAUACAGAUGCUUCCAUGUAUGGACUGGGGGCUGUGCUGAGCCAAGUCGGGGAAGAUGGAGGAGAGCACCCUGUCGCAUAUCUCAGCAGAAAGUUGUUACCCAGAGAAGUGAGUUAUGCGGCAGUGGAAAAGGAGUGCUUGGCCUUGGUCUGGGCAUUGAAAAAGUUAAGUCCCUAUUUGUAUGGGCAAGAGUUUUCCCUUGUGACUGAUCACAACCCACUCGUUUGGCUUAACCGGGUCUCAGGAGAUAAUGGGAGACUGCUGAGAUGGAGCUUGGCACUACAGCCCUACAAAUUUACCAUCAGCUACAGACCUGGUAAGCUGAACGGGAAUGCAGAUGGGUUAUCACGACAAACAGACGUUUCCACCACCUCUUAGUCCGGUCAUCCCCAAGUUGACCCGCCAUAGGGUCAAGCCGGGUCUGCCGGAGUGUCCCACAAGGAGGGAGCCGUGUGACAGAACCAUUUUAGUUGCAUUCCUCUGUUUGUCUCCCGUUCGUAUAAAUGGCUGGUUUCUAUAGCCCAGCCAUUCGAAUGACUCUUUUUCCCGAACAAACCUGCCGAACGGACGGCCACCCAGGAGAGAAGUGUGCUGCUGGUUAACCUAUUGAUCCCAAUUAGAACGUUGUGGUUAACCGCAGACACUUCUCAAUUAAACCGAAUUCAGGGUGGUCGUCGUUCGUAUGUCGACCACGAGGCAGCGGCCAUUUUAAACCACGCGAAAGCCCAGCGGUGUUUGGCUCUAUUUCUAUGGAACUAAAAACGGACACUUUUUCUGCCGAACACCGCUGAAACAACGGAACGCCUGGCUGUCUCCACGAAAGCAUACGAAUACCGGCCGUUCGGGAGGUUUGGAGCAUACGAAAAGACUUAACCCAGAUAGCCUUCCCAUGGAGUCAUUCGUAUACCGAAAGACUGUAAGAACUUUGACUCCAUGGCGAUUGAACUAUGUGUGUGGGAUCUGAGCGCUAUUCGCUAAUAAUAUGCACUCAGAUCCAGGCUAUCUGGGGAUAUGUGAUACGAAUGGGAAAUGUUCGGUUAUUUUAAAGUUAUGCAUUUUUAUGUCUUUUAUGAUUUUAUAUUUAAGAUGGCGACUGGCUUUGUCCUGGAGAUAAUUGAGUUACUUGGUAAUUAUCUCCAGGGCAGAGGGGAGGGAAUCAUAAUGCACUGUGGGUAGAAUCUGUGACUGUGUGUCUGGAAUGUCCCCAUAUCUGUCUGUCAUUUAAGUCUCCCAUUUGGUCCCCUAGGGGAGUGUCCACCAAGUGGGAGACCUGCAUAAAUACGGGCAGGUAGCCCACAGUAAAGCCAGAUCCUGUUUGACCCUCAAUGCGGAGCUUCUGUCUCGUUAUUGGGGGGAUUUCUUCUUCACGUUUAGAGACUGCUGGAUGGAAACGAAAGCCGCUUGGUGGAUAUUGUUGUUCGGCGGCUAGCAGCAGUUCGUGUAUUGCCGUUCGGGAGUUUGGAGCCGUUCACGGAUCCCGGUCGGGAGAUUGCCGCUUCCCCUGCAUUUGGUUCGUGUACUACAGGUUAGGCGAACGGAGUUACUGUUACUGCAGACGGGGAAGGUCUACUAAACGGCGGUUUUGCCUAAAGACACUGGAGGUGUCGUAACAAUCCUGUUGCUCCAUUCUUUGUGAUUGUCGCUUCUUCCCCCACCCAGAUCCUAUUUAAUAUACAGGGCUUGGGGAUGGUGGAUUGAUGUCCUACAAACCAGAUCCUGAAGACCAUUUCCUGGCACAUUGGCUUCAAUCUUUGCUCCGUCUGUUAGAGGGAUGACCAGGGGCAGAAACUCUAGCCCCAAUCGGACAUUAUAAUCUCAGCUGUUGUGCAGAUAUGUUCUGUUAAAUAAGUCAAUACAUUAGAUGGAAAACAGGAAUUGAGAUCUGCUAAAGGACAAAAAGGACUGUUUUCUGUUAUUUCUAAUCCACAAAAUAUUUCAAAUUGAAGAGCUGGAGUCUGAUGACAGUAAGUAAUCACACUUAUAUCAUGUGUUGCAAACCAAUUUGUUGCCAUGGACACUGGUAUAACAGUGAGGUAUAAUCAUGAGCCUCCAGACUGUUCUUAUAAUAACCAUCAGGUUGCUGGAGAAAGUUGAAUAAUCUCAAAGAAGGAAACUUGUCUCAGUUCUGUUUUCCCUGGUGUUUGGUCUGAAAAGACUCAAUGUAGAUGAUCCAUGUGAUCCAUGCCGGUGUAGACACGAUAGCAGGAUGAACUAUCUGCAUGCUUCAGCACAUUGUAUACUUUGCAUGAGGAAUGCUGGGUGGCAUUUAUAGUUUCCGAGUGACUGCUGAGGUUGUACUGUUGCAGAAUUCUGUGAUGUCGUUGCCAGCCCGUACAGUCUCUGAGUUCCAUCUGGUUGCCAGCUAAAGCUUCUUAGGCAGAUUCAAAUAUUUCUGCUAUCCAUUCAGCAUUUGAAAAGAAAAUGUCUUCAGCCCAGGGGCUAAUAAACAACUUCUAUGGGCAAUCAAGACAAUUAAUAUUAUUCUCUUUAUUGGACAGCAGUACUAGGGUAGGGAAUAUCCAUUAAGUAAAUGGGUGGCUGGCAAGGGUGGUUGCAUGGUUACCACAGGUAGUUGCAUGGUUUCCACUAGCAUACGCUAGUUGAUGGUUACAGCCUCAUACCACCAUUCCUCUGAUGAUUAAAAUGAGCGUAAACUGCGUUGGGAUGUCUGUUGGCACAUUGCUGCAAGAGUAAGGCAGCUUGCAGGAAUUGUGUCAGACUUUUUGUAGCCCAGCACCAUGUGGGAUUGUGCUUGGGCUAGUGCCUGGACUAGGAUAGGAUAUUUUCUGGGAGACUGUAGUAUCUGUUGGCGACCUUGCUCCCAGACUUUGAAGAUGUAAUGUGCAGAUUUGAAUGGAGUUUGCAAGUGACUUUAAGUUGAGAAGAGAUUGCAUCUUGGUAUAUGUGUUAGGAUAACAGUAGAUGUCCACAUUGUAAAUAUUAUAUGGUCAGGUAUUGAAGCGCAGGGCUUAGCACAUGCCUGUUGAACUCGUUUCACGCCAAUUGUUUAAGAUCAUGAAAUACAGUGGAAAAAGAAAGGGAUCUGUUUGAUUGGUCAUUUCACUUUGUUCUUGUUUUGGAUCCGCCAUAUAGAACUUUGUGUCUUCUCUCUGAUAUAACUGUAGGGCGUGAAGAUGUUCCAAUAGUUUUACUUGCAUCUAAGGAUACUGUAACUUGUUAACCUAAUCAACAUUCCCCCCAAACACUACUUUUCCCACACCUUUUUAUAGAUCUUUGAGCAUUUCUUUACUAAGGUGAGUCCUCCUCAAGGCCCUCAUGUCAUGUCAGUUUUUGGCAAACCAUUACUUCCCCUUACCUUCAUCAACAUUGGUCAUUGGCCCUGCUCACAUAUAACAUGCAUACUCAGCUUUCCCCAGCACACCUUAUUAUUAUGAAGCACACUUUACGAAUACAUGUGAGAAAAAUAAGUACGGUGAAUGGAAUUUUAGUGGCAUUCCUUCUCAGUUCUUUUCUUCUGCCAAACAUUUUUUUAGAAGAAAAAGAUGUCUAUCUUUUAUUUCCUUAUUUUUUUGCAGGAAAGCAUUGGGUCGUUUGCAUCCUCUCCCCUCCCUUCCUUCCUUCUUUCCGAAGGUACUCAUCUAAAAAAAAAAAAAAGGAGAACGAAGUGAUUGUUCCUGUUCUCUUUCUUAAGUGAAUUUUAAACACUGUCCCUAGCAGGCUGUGGGACAAACUGCGCAGAUCAGGACACAGAACACAGGGAACGUUACAUUGCAUUAGAAACAUUACAAAUCAGAGGCAGAAGAUCUAAACAUUCCGCGUCUGUAAUCAGUAAGUCCAUUUCCUGCUUUCAGGCUAAUGACAGUGAGGUGAUAAGACUUGUUAAUUAGUGACCAAUAAUAUCUGUUCAUUUGUAAGUUUCAAAUUUUUGAAGAUUUCCUCAAAAAACACAAUAAUUUAAUGGAGUGUGGCAAUAUUUCCAUUAAUGUUUCAGGCGAUAGAUAUAGCUGUUGCUACAUAAAUAUAUCUAUAUGGUGAUAUACAUUUGAAUAGAUUUAUGUAUGUACAUAGAUAGAUAGACAGACAUGCACAUUCUUAGAUCUAUAUACACACACAGAUAUUUGUUUGUGUAUUUUUUGUAUAUGAACACAGUUAAAUGCAAAUAAUUUUGUCAUGUUAAUUUUUUGCUUACAAUGAUGUGUUUUGCUCAUUUAUAGGUACCAGUUUUAUAGAAUUCUACAGGCAGUUUGAAAACAAAGGGUUAAUUGAUGGUUAAUUGCAAUUAGUUAUCUUUCCUUAUUUUAACUGUUUGCAAAUCGUCCGUUAAUGUUUAUUUUAUUUUCCAGUCUUUUUGCAAGAUGAUAAAAUGUUGCAUGUGGGGUAUAUGCGGACGUCUUUAGCUACAAAGAGAAAUAAGGCAGAUGGUUGACAGUGUCUUCCUUUUUUCACAUGUACUAAAACUGUAAUUUGUGGUUACAGAAUAUAAUUAUAUAAUUUAUGUGGCUAUCAACAUGAGACCCUAAUAUCUAUACACAUAUAUACAUAUAACCAUAAAAUAUUCAUUGAAAAUGUAAAUACUUACAUGUCAGUAAUAUAAAACAUUACUUGUGAUUCUAGCUGUUGAUUCAUUACAUGUGAUGCUUUGACAGCUUGUUGGUGGUAUAUACAUAUAAGCACAUAACAUGAAAAAAGCUUUCUGUAGUAUCACACAGGUAAAAGUUAAUUGAUGUUUAGAGACAUUAUAUGCAACAUUCUAUUUCUAAUUCAGGCUCUCACUGGGUGAAUUUCUAAAGUGAAUUCAAAAUGUAAGGCCAGAGUAAUCAAACUGAAAGCAUAGGUGACUUAGUUCAGCUAUUUUGACAUUAGAUUUGAAAUUCUCACAUUAGUGAAUGUCUGUCAGUCUCUGUGUUCGCAGGUAUCUAUUCGGUUUGUGUAGAGCUUGAGAAAUAUCUACACAUAAUGACAACUUACCCAAUGACUGCAUCUCACAGUCAAAUGUUCAAUUAAAAUCAAGGGCAACUGAUUCUUUCAUCCUUCCAAGUCAAUAACAUGAUUGACACUAAGUUACGUAAUUGAAACAUCGAAAUUGCAAAGAGUACUUUAGAACUGGCAAACGCUAAGGGUAACUUUUCUGGUUAAAUAAUUUGAUAUUAUAAUUAAUAUUAUUAAUUAUCACAUGACAGUAACACAUGUAUCGGGUCAGCUGAGUGAUGAGAAAAGUCCUGGUUUCUUAAAUAAAUAAUAAUUUCAGCCUAAUGGUAAUCUGUGACAAUAUGCUUUGGCCUACAAGCCUCUUUGACACUGUUUCUUCAACAUAAAGUAUGUGAAUGAUCUCAUGAUGAUUUAAUAUAGUGGUAAUUUUCAUUAUUGGGUCUGCUGUAUUUUAUGAUUACAAUGGUUAAGUGAUAUUGGUGUCAGUUAAAAUAGUCAAGGUGAUGGUGGUUGUAAAGAAUGGAGACGGCAGUGGGUACAUAAGUUAAGAGGUGAUAUUAAAGGACCACUCUAGGCACCCAGACCACUUCAGCUUAAUGAAGUGGUCUGGGUGCCAGGUCCAGCUAGGGUUAACCCAUUUUUUCAUAAACAUAGCAGUUUCAGAGAAACUGCUAUGUUUAUGAAUGGGUUAAGCCUUCCCCUAAUCCUCUAGUGGCUGUCUCAUUGACAGCCACUAGAGGCGCUUGCGUGCUUCUCACUGUGAUUUUCACAGUGAGAGCACGCAAGCGUCCAUAGGAAAGCAUUAUGAAUGCUUUCCUAUGUGACCGGCUGAAUGCGCGCGCAGCUUUUGCCGCGCGUGCGCAUUCAGCCCCGGAGGAGGAACGGAGGAGGAGAGCUCCCCGCCCAGCGCUGGAAAAAGGUAAGUUUAAACCCCUUUCCCCCUUCCAGAGCCGGGCGGGAGGGGGCCACUGAGGGUGGGGGCACCCUCAGGGCACUAUAGUGCCAGGAAAACGAGUAUGUUUUCCUGGCACUAUAGUGGUCCUUUAAAUUAGUCAAUGUGUAGGUGGGAAUAGAGAUGGUAAAAGAUAGUGUAGGUGAUGAUAUUUCUCAAGAAUGGUUGAAUCAAUGUAGAUGUCGACUCGUACACUGUUAUCUUAUCUGAUUUGAUAUUUGAUGUGUUUACUAUUGGGUUUUCUUCUGGUAUGUAAUUUUACCAAGUUUCACUUAUACAUGUUUCUCCUAAUUGUGAGGUUGGUUAUUGCUGACACUCAAAACUUAAUAAAGAUUGUCAGAAAAAUGGUUGAAUUGAUGAUGAUGAUGAUGAUGAUGUUGUUAAAGAAUAGUGGAAGUAGAGAUGUUGCUAUUAAGGGAUAGUGAAGGUAGAGAUGGUGGGGGUAAAGUAUGGUGGUAGUAGUGAUGAUGGCGAUAAGAGAUGGCAGAGAUAAUGAAAGUAAGGUAUUGUGGAGGUAGGUGGCAGUGGUGUUAGUGAUGAAUAAUGGAGGAGUAAGGAAAAUGGUGGCAAAGUGUGAUAAGGGUAAUAAAUGUAGAAGGUGAAAAUGAAAUAUCACACUCUCUCAGUUUUUCAUUUGAUAUAUGUAUUAAAUUCCGACUUUUUUUUACAAGCACAGUUUGUUUGUUUUUUCAAAUUCAAAAAAGUUGAAAAUGUGCACUCACAUGAGAUGUAUGAUAAUUCUGGCAUAUGUUUGACCACAAAUAAAGCUUACCUAUUACUUACAUACUAUAUACCAAUACCAUACUUAUAUAGACAGCAUUUUCAUAGAACCGAAUGCCCACACAUUCUAAAUUUAGGUCACAAAGUAUAGGAACUAAGAACAAUUGUACAUUUAUUAGAGCAAAUGUAAAUUCCUAAGAAAACACACAAGUUAACAAAAACAUGCAGUACAUCAAAUUAGGGAAAAUGCUAUAUUCGUUUCCCUUUAGUGAAUGUAAGAAAUCAUUCACAGACUUGCUAGUUUCUAAAAUAGUUACAAAGAAUAUAAGUAUCCGGGACACAACCUUAGCAGCCUAUCAGAAAGCCUAUAGGCCAGAAGCAUUCUGGGAAUUUUUGCAUGUAUAUAAAAUAAUAUAUUUAUGACGCGAAAAAGGCUCUCACAAGACAUGGGAUUUCUAGGCCCUACAACUAUUGCUUGCCUGCAUUUCCAAGAAUGAAUAAAAGAGAAUUCUGUGAAAUGUAGUCCUAAAGCCAAAGGACGAAGGUUGUGCAUCCAUGAUACACACAUUUCUAUGCUCCUUUUUUUAAUAUAUUUUUGCUAUAUGAAAAAUCCACUUUAUAUUCAUUUGAUUUUAUCAUUAACAGAGGCUGUGUCACUUGAAAAAAAAAUCCCAAAUCUUUAAACAAAUUAGAACACAGAUCACUCUAAAUAUUGAAAUUAUUUUAAAAAUGUGUUUAUGAAAAUUCUGAUUGAAAACUUGUAUCUGCAAGAAGUAAAAAAGAAAAGGGGUAGUGUAACAAGACCACGGUGUAAACCACGGCACGCACCUCUGUGUUUCACACUGUUCUAUGAAAAGAUACAUAUUUACCAUCUGGAUCAGUGAGUGAAACCACAUUUACAAUCCUGCAGAUUAGACAAAAAAAAAAAAAUUGACAUCCUGUAGAAAAUGUUUUUUUUUUUUUUUUUAAAUCUUCAUUAACAUUAAACAUGAAUUGUAAAGUAUUAUAUAAUUUAUAAAUGCAUUGUUUUGAUCAAGUAUCAGUCAUGGGAACAAAAUGGCGAGUGAACAAAUAGAUAUGAAAUAGAAUCGAGAUCAAACAUUUAAUGUGUAUUUGCCAAGCAUAGUAUGGCAGUUGCAACCACGAUCAUUGUACUUGCAUCAUCUGAUAUUUAUGCGCAUGCAUGGGUAGGUGAAGAUAGUAUUUCAUUCCUCCAAAGCCUUAACUUACUGAGCUAUUUUAUUUACUAAAUUGACGAUUCAAAAUUAAUCUCAAAUUCAAAGUAAUAAUAGCUGAGCUGGAAACAUUCUCGAAGUUAGCUUAAAUUUGCCGUUAAAUGUGAAGUUCCACUUUAAAUCACUUUGAAUUCUCACUUUAGACCUCUAUGGGUCUCAAAGUUCUGCAAUAUGCCUGUUUCAUCUCAGGUAAUAAUAGCCAAUGGCCAGCAGAGGGCCAGAGAAAGUUGGACACCGGUUGGUUCUUUAUGCUGAAAUAAUACUGCUGUCCUGGUUAUUGAUUAUGUACUGCUAAUCAUGAAAUACAGUUCCCAUCAUGCUCAGUCAGCCAUUCAUCAUCUAUAACAAAUUAUGUAAUAUUAUAUUUUAAAAGCCCUUCAAUGUAGCAUGGAAAACAAAUAUAUCAAUUAAUAACUAGUAUACCUAUAUCACUAACCACCCAAGAUUUCUUGCAAUACAUUUUCUUAUUAGAUCCACGUCUUUAAUAUACUAACAAUUUCUACUCUAAAAGGAAGCUCAAACCACUAUGAUCACAACAGCUCGUUGGAGUGGACUGCAUGAACGUCCAAGGAGAUCAACAGUUUCUCAUCCUACUAUGGCUGACAUCGGCAAUCAUUCCAUGGUCAAAGUCACUUCAAUUACAUUUCUCCACAAUUCUAAUGAUUCAUUUCAUUUUAUUUCAACUACAACUGACCCUCUUGACCAUGUCAACACAUGUACUGAGAUAAACACAGCAUCGUAAGAUUACAGCAGACGUGUGUAGGGUUACAUUCACAAUAAAAUCAUAUAUAGACAAAGGAAGUUUUAUUUUUUUUUAUUUUUUUAUUCUUUAUUUUUGUGGUGCAAAUAGUUAACAUGAGCUCGUGCCAUGCCCCAACAGCAGGCACAAGAUUGGUACAAUAAAUGCAUGAACCAGUGAAAGGCAUUGAACGUCAUUGCACACAUUUUUUAAGGUUACAUUGCUAAGUAUAGACAAAGGAAGUUAAUAAUAAUAACAAUAAGGGCAUUCAAGAAACUAUAGUGGGGAAAACAGAACAAAAAGGUGAGAAAAGAGAGAGAGAGAGAUGGAUUGUAGGAUAUAAGAAGCUGGGUAAAAAAUAUAGUAGCGUGAUGGUAACUCAUCAUCUAUGUAGAGGGAUUAACACCUUCUCCCAAACUCUGUCAAAGAAAAGGUAUUGUGGAGUGUAUUGGUUAAAGGCAUAGCAGUAUUGUCAUGAGGAAACAUUACAGAGAGUUAAAAUAUACCGUCCAGCUGUGUUAGGUAAUACAGUAAACAUCAUGAUGGUCUUAAGAGACAAAAUGUGGAUAUUUGUCACAGAUAUGCCCCCAUAAUUUAUAUCCAAGUAGCACAAAGUAGUGAAAAGUUCUAGAAUUCAGAUUAAUUUAUUUGUUCUGAUUUUGGAAUCUGGCAGGGCCGUCCUGAUUUUGGACCUUAGUCCUGUUGUCCAAGGUUUAUUCUCCAGUGUCCCAAAUCUGAUGGCUCAUUUCCGAUACAUAUUCAUCAAGGACUUCUGUAUUUCGAUUAGAUUCCAUCAAAUGAUUACAUGAACCUUGGAUUCUUACUUCCGAGGAACCAUCACUUUGUGUUUCUCAGACAAGCAUCUCAUCUACCUGUGCAAAGCAUCCUUACUCACCCCCUUUCCACUACAUUUUCUAUUUGAAUGUGUUUUUUUUUUUACAUCAUAAUUACAUAAAUGGGAGUAUUACUAGAUUUUACCAUUCUUUACAAUUUUACCAUCUUCUAUGUCAGUUUACAGCCAGCUUAAUAUGGACGGGAUCCAUAAACCCAGCUCCCCGAAAAAAAACAUGCAAUCACUCGUUAAUUUCACACUCUUGUCCAAUUUUUUGUAACUAUUUUAUUUAAAAAUCCUACAUUGCUUGAAUAGUUAAAAUUAAAGUAAAUAUGUUUAAAGGACAGCCCAAUGAAGUGGUCUGGAUGCAAGGUCUCCCAGGUUUUAACCCUGCAGCUCUAAGCAUAGCAGUUUCAGAGAAUCACAUUGAGCAUGCAGAACGUCCAUAGGAAAGCAUUGAGUAAUGCUUUCCUAUGGGCGGUUUGAAUGCGCACGUGGCUCUGGCCGCACAUGCAUAUUCGGCUCCACUUGAGAGCUGACGUCAGAGGGGGAGGAGAGGUCACCAGCGCCGAGGGAGCACAGCGCUAGAUUAAGGUAGGUAGCUGAAGAGGUUUAACCCCUUCAGCCCAGCGGGAGUGGGGCCCUGAGGGUGGCAGGGACCUAAGGACUAUAUAGUGCCAGGAAAACGAGUUUGUUUUCCUUGCACUAUAGUGGUCCUUUAAUGUUGCUUUAGUAUUUUUUUAUUUUCUUUAUAUUGUAAUAACUGCAUUCUACUUGUCUUAAUAUUUUUUAUAGUUCUUUUUGUAAUAACCCUUCCUUGUACAUUUUUUUUUUAUAAUUUUUAUUUUUGUUCUGCAUUAAUACAGCAUCUUUGUACCCUUUUUGAAAUUCUAAUUAUUGUUUUUUAAAAUUGAGGCUUAAUAUAAAAAAUCUAUUUGAUCCGAGCAAUUUCUUAAAUACUUCGGAUGUUGGUCAACCAGUAUUGUUGGUGGCAACUAUCAACGUCAAUAAAACUAAUGAGGCCUACUUGUUAUUAGUAAUAUAAAUGUAUAAGAAAUUAAUAUGACAUUUACUACUUACUGUAGUACCCCAGUCAUUUAUAUUUAAAAAUAUAAAAAACAUGUUAAAAUCUUUAAAAGAUCCCCUCUAUAUAAUAAAAAUAUCAUCAACGUAUCUUUUAUAGAAGACAAUAUUCACGGCAAUCACAACUCUGGUGGAUAAAAACAAUUUUUUCCAAUAGGACAUUAAUAAAUUGGAGAAUCUCCUGAGGAAGUCGGUUUCCCCGACGAAACGAGUAGAGCCCAGCUGCUACUUUGGACCCUUCAAGUUUUGGUUAUAACAGUUUGAUUUUUGUGUAUAUGCACUGUUUAUGCACUUAUUUAUUGGCAUUUUCCCUGACUGGCACUUUGUAUCUUUAGGAUUGAGAUCCCUGUGUUACAGGUACUUGUGCCAUUUACUAUAUCCCUGUGAUCAGGGAGAGCAUUAAUUAAUUUUAGUGACCUAAUAGUCACUGUUUGAUUGCAUUGUGCACUUUAUAUAAUGCUAUCAGCUGCUAACCAUAGGGGUCUGUUUUUAAGCCAAUAAGGCUAUCUUUUGAAUUUUUCUUGUACUUUUGUCCUUUACAAUAAAUUGUUUUUCAGUUUUACUAUCUACUCUCUGGCUAUAAUUGUUUUAUAUUGUUUUGAGACAAGCUGGUAAAUUAAAUAUACACUAUGAUAGUGGCGCCCUGAAUUCUGUUAUUGAUUUAUCUCUAACUAUAUUGAUUAUUGUUAAUACUUGCCUUGCUUUUGCUGUUGUGGCAUAGUGAGAAUGCCUGUUACUCUCAUGCAUGUCAAAUAUAAAGAAUUUUAAAAAUAUAUAUUUUUUUUUUUAAAUGCAAUUGAUGCCCCAAAACAACGAGCCUACCUGGAGGAUUGAGACACUUUUGUGGAGUUUAGGUAAAACAUAAAUGACUGGGAUUCUAUAGUUUUCUACAUAUUAAGAUAAAUAUUCAUCUUAUAGUUAUUUCCAAACUAUAAUUAAAAAAAAAAAACACAUAUUUUCAACAUCACAUGUAGGAUUUUUAUUUAUUUUUUAUAUGUAUCAUUAUUCGGUAAUUGUCUAUCUAUUUCUUGUAUAUAUUUCUCUCUGUCUAAAAUAACAACUCCAACUCGUUCAUCUACCGGUCCGGUUUAUUUUUUGAUUAUUGAAGGAUCUUUUCUUAAAAGUUCUAAAGCUUUUCUCUCUUUAAAAGACAGAUUGUAUUUUUAUUUGGACAUUGUUUUAAUUUUAUCAAUUUCUUACAGACAUGUCUUUUUAAAAAAAAAAAUCUUAAAAACCCUUGGUUAAAACUCAUAUUUGUGUAGAGGACAGAUUAUUUUUAGAUAAAUUAAAAAUCUUUAUAUCAUUGUUUUCUUUUUUCUCUUUUUUAUGUAUAAUUCUCCCUCACCUUGUUCCAACGUUUUGUGUCUUUUGAAUGGUGUUGGUACUACUCUUUUCCUCCACCAAAAAAAGACCCUCCAAAUAAAACCUAUUCUCCUCCAUUGAGACGUUCAAAGCGUUUUUUGAGGGUAAUUUAAAACAAUCGAUGGUACAUGUUCCAAAAAUCUCCUCCCUGUGUUUUGUACUUAAAGUCCUACUCUUCUCUUGGCAUUUCUUUGGGGUGUUGGGGUUGUUUCUUGGUCUCAUAUAAUCAUUGGAGCAUUUUUGAGUUUCAUAAUCUCGAUUUGUGUUUGGGCUGAAGGGGUUAAAACACUUACCUUUCUCCAGUGCCGGGCUCCCUCGACGCUGGGGAACUCUCCUCCUCCUGCCGACGUCAGGCGCAUUCAAACCGCCCAUAGGAAAGCAUUACUCAAUGCUUUCCUAUGGACGUCCAGCGUCUUCUCACUGUGAUUUUCACAGUGAGAAUCACGGAAGCGGCCUCUAGUGGCUGUCAUUGAGACAGCCACUAGAGGCUGGAUUAACCCUCAGUGUAAACAUAGCAGUUUAGCAUUGUGCUAAAUUUGGUAUUUUAUUUCAUGUAAUUUUAUUCGAUUAAAUUAUAUUUAUUUUUAUUUUGAUCCUGGCUAUUUCUUUCCAAUAUACAGAAUCAUACAUGUUUCAGUGGACCUCCAGUCCAGCCAUAGAUCUAUGGAUAUGGACAGAGGCAUAACUAGAAACCACGGGGCCUCUGUGUAAAAAUUGCCCUGGAGGCUCCCCCAUACAUCUCAUUCCCCCCACGUCCCCAGCCCCUCCAUGUGUCGCAUGUUUGUUUAAAAUAAUACUGCAUGCCUUCAUAACUUACAAGUGUCCAUUAAAGAUGUGGCUUCCAAAUCCAUCUUCUGAUUUUGCCUGGAGUAUCUGAGUGACUAUUUUUAUUCUACAAUAUCUGGUCUCAAAUAUAGAGGGUCUAUCCCACAUUACCUCUGGAAAUCAGCACCAUUAAUUGAAGCAGAGUUGUCCCUUUCUGAGAAGGCCCUACCCAGACGGUUAGUUAAUCCAGCCUUGAUAGCUCCUCAGGACAGUUAUUUUUCCCUAUUAAUUAUUUUCUGGGAACCAUUCUGUGUCCUUACCCAGGCCUUACUGUCCUACAUAGUUCUUUUAUAUAGUUCAGCUAAGCAAUACCACCAGAGGACUAGACUCAUCUUGAUUACUGUAAUCCACUGAAUCUCAUCCAGACACAGUUAGAACUGAUCUAAUACUCAAGGGGAGUACGAAUACUCAUUCGGAAAUGGGUUUGACUACUUAUCAUGGUAUGUCGCCAGGGGGCUCCUGGCUUCUUAACCAUUAUAGUGGUCUGUAAUUAUUUUGGUGUCCAGACUGCCCUUUUAAAGUGAAUUUAAAAUUUCAUGCCUAUGAAUAAUUGUUUUGUUGAUACUGAUUAACUAAAUAAGAAUAAGUUAACAAAAAUUUAAAAAAAUAAUACCUUUAUUAGUUAACAGAAAAGGAAAUUGUGCAAGCUUUCAGGACACUAAAGGAAUACUAAAGAGUUAGGAAUACAAUACAAACCUGUCUCCAGUUAUCUAGGUCCACCCCCAAUGUGUGCCUUAAAAAAUAAAUAAAAAUUUUUAAUGUUUACUUACAUUUUUCCAGCACCGAGGCUCCUACUGUACUGCUCACCUCUCAGGCCCUGCAUCAUCACAGAGCCAUCGUUGGUCCUAUAGUUGCUGUCAUACUGAGCUGGACUUAACCUUCCAAUGUAAACAUGGUUUUCAUUGCAUGGUUAGGAGGUCAGGACAACUGCACCCAGACCACUUCAACGAGAUAAAAAAUCUCAAAAAUGAAAUCACAGCUGAAUUUAGGCCUAAAAUUAAACAUUUGCUUUUAAUUUCUGACCUUUCACGUUCUGGUGAAUAAUGCCUGAAAAAUGUUAAAAGAUUAUAUUAGAAAUGUUUAAGCUCAAUAUCAGCAGAGACAUUUUUACACGCAAUUAAUAAAUUGCAUAUUUUGUAAAAUUUAUUUCAAAUUAAUGAAAAAACGCUAAAAAGUAGCACCAGUAACACAAGCAAACAGAAUAAAGUAACACAGGCCGUUAGUCUGGAACGACUCUUUGUUUUACAGCUGGCAGAAACGAAUAGGAAUCCAGGAAAUAUGAGAUGAGCAACAGGAAAUGAAAGUUACAUUAAGUUCUUUUAAAAGGAAACAUUUUAAUAGGAAUGAGGAAUGACGCAUAUCGGAGAUAAAAUCUUAUCCCACUUAACAAAAUACUAUAACUAUCAAAACGGAAUGGAGCCAAUGUAAAAAAAAAACAAAAAAAAACACCAUAUAUUUAUGAAAAUUUAUUUUGGUACAAAAGAACACCUACUUUUUCAAGUCAUGUUAAUAUUUCAGUUUUAAUAUAUUAUUUAUAUUGAGAAAUAUCAAUAUUUAUUUUAUUGAGAAGUUUAUCAUUUUUAAACUCAAACAAGAUCAAUGUUUAAGUUUUUGUUGACUAACCUCCGCUACCCCCCUCAUUUGCCCAAGCAGACACCAUUUUACUUGGCACUGGGCUCAGAAACACAACUCGAUUUACUAAACCCAAGUUGGUAGUGAGUUUUCUUUGAGUUGAGCUACAGAGUACAAUUUAAAAAUGGCUUUGGGAUAUAUUUGCUCAUAACUGAGUUGAUAAUUCUUGGGUUUAGUAAAAAUUCGCCGUUUUCAAAAAUUUGCAGUUUUGUCCCCAUGAAUGGCCACUUUUUGGAUAUACUAAUCAAAACUCAAUAUUUAGUUUUAAAAAAAGCCAAAAAACAAUCUUUCCUGUAUGCUCACAAUGCUAUUCUUUUUACUUUAUAACAGAUCUCUCUAAUAGGACAUGGAAUACCAAAUACACAAAUGUGAACUGUUCUGAGAUACAGGUAGACAGAUUAGAUCAUUGUAGGUUUAGAAUCUAGAUAACCCACAUGGUGAGCCUACGGUACUGGCAACAACUUUCAAAGCUGUUGCCAGUAGUUUAGCAUAAUUUUUUUUAGGAACUACAAUUGCCGUACAACUCCUUUUGCAUAUAUUUAUAUCGUUCUUUUUGUGGAGCAGAAUUUUAAGUUUAUAAAAUGAUGAGAACAGAUAUACACUGAUAGAAAUAGCUUGGUUCUUAUUGCUAGGUGUAUUCUUUUGCAAAUAGGUACAAUCCCACCCAAAAGCAGGUCGGAUGACCUGACCAUGUCCUCAGAUAUAUUUCAGACAUCAAGAGGUACAAACUUAGCCUAAUUACAGGCAAAAAGCGUGUUUGCACAAUUGACGAUUUUUAAUUGUGCCAAUAUUUUUGUGAGUGUUCAUUUUAUUGGCUUUUUAUUUACUAUUGUUAUUAAAUGAUUGCACUAUGAUUCUCUUUAUAUGUUUCUUUUCUAUGUUAGGGUCAGUUCCCUUAUGAAGUGGUAACUAUACUUCACAUUCGUGAUUGUGGCGUCCUGCAUUGUAUUUUAACUUUGUGUUUUAUACAGUUUUUGGAUGUAUAUUUAGGAGGGAUUUUAGGGAGCGUUACCAUUAUCGGUGGCUUGCCUGCACAUUUUCACCUUAACACCCCACUAACCCAUCUUUGGAUCUGUCCUCAAUAUAUGAAUGAGUAAAUAUAAAAACAGGUGGAGUCUAAACCACAAGCCGCUACCCAAGACACAAACGUGAGAUUUGCCAAUAAGCAAAUCUUUACUGGAGAGCAUCGUUUUUUAUGUUUAUGGUCCAUUUUAAAGUGCAUUUAACCAGACAUGACUGUAGGCAAAGUGAGGUCCACUGCAGUGUUCUACUCUGAAAGGGACACUCCAUGUGAAUUCGCUAUGGGUUUCCCAAAGUUCACACUUUAGUAAAUAACACUAUUUGAUUUAUUCACCAGACAUUUAAUUGUAAAGAAUUAAAAAUAAAAUUGCAAAAAAAAAUUAAAGAAGUAACUAUAGCUGAACCAAGAUUUUUUCCAAUACAGCUAUUGUUCCCUAUAUUCUACAAUUCACUUGUCAAUUCUCUGCAAUUCUGAGUUUAGUGAAUAUGCCCCAAGGAGUGUUACAAGACAUCUGCAUUAACAGGCAUAUAAACAAUUACAUCAACUUUUACGAAAAGCAAUAUUUUAUAGUGUAUAGUCAUAGUUUCAAUAGACUUAAUAUGUUACACAAACAUACACAUUCUCACAACACUCAACACAAAAUUAACAUUCAUCUGUUUUAUUUAUAGGGUAAUUCACUAAACACUGGAUUUUGUCCAAAUGUACAAAAUACAGUGAAAAUUACCGAAUUCUGACUGCAUUCAAGCCACCGAAUUGCUAAAACCAAAUGUGGCCAGGAUUUAGUCUGUCCCAUGGAUUCUGUAAUCAUUUAGAUCCGCAACCAAAAACAAUUUAAAGCACAGGAAUCAGAAAUUUAUCAACUACCACGUUAGCUGAAGAUAAACCGAAUGCAAUCAGCUGGAUGCAUGUUUGAAAAUUAUCAUUUACUUGCUUUUUGUAGGUAAAUUGAUUAUUGUGCAAAGCACGAGGAUGUCCAAUAUUGUAUCAUGUUAGAGUCCAGCAGGUGCCUCUAGUGGAUGUCUGGAAGAGAGGGACUAGAGGUUGUCUUAAACCUUGUAAUGUAAACAUUUCUCUGAAACUGCAAUGUUUUACAUUGCAGGGUUAAGAGGUCAGCGCACUGCACCCAGACCAAUUCAAUGAGAUGGAGCGGUCUGAGUGCCAAUAAUGUCCAUUUAAACCUAUGAAUACAACAAUGUGCUAUAAAAAUGAAUGUAUCACUAUUUAUCUAAUGAAGAUAUGUAUCUCUUCCAGGUGGACAAUGCAGAAAGAUACUUUGUGCUUCAACCCAGAUGUAA